UGCAUUUCGCGGCAUUUAUUUCAGAUUCUAUUUGCCGUAUGCCGUACAUCGUUUGAAACAAAAAUCAGUAGAAAAUAAGAAGAAAAAGGUGAAUUCUAGCUGCGCUACUCAACGAGGAACCUUCCUCGUGAGUCCUAGGCGCCAGCAAUGGAGCACGAGGAUGAAAACCGCUUCAGAAGUUCAAAUGUGGUGCAGCAUCACAGCAGCUUGAUUUCUCCAAGUCCUGGGAUGUCUACUACCACUAGCUUGCCUGGGGGGUUCACCCCUUACCCUCCCACGCCCAGUCCCAUGCCGCCAUUAACACCCAUGACGCCUAUGACUGGCGAGCCUUCUGGUAUUCUACCACAAUUACAGAAUAUAGUCUCCACUGUCAAUCUUGGUUGUAAACUGGACUUAAAGAAGAUAGCAUUACAGGCCCGUAAUGCAGAGUAUAAUCCCAAGCGGUUUGCAGCUGUUAUCAUGCGUAUCAGGGAACCCAGGACGACAGCUCUCAUCUUCAGCUCAGGCAAGAUGGUUUGCACAGGAGCAAAGAGUGAAGAGCAAUCCAAACUGGCAGCAAGGAAGUAUGCCAGAGUCGUACAAAAGCUGGGAUUUCCAGCUAAGUUUACAGAAUUCAAGAUCCAGAAUAUGGUUGGAAGCUGUGACGUCAAGUUUCCCAUCAGGCUAGAGGGGCUUGUGCUUGCACAUGGACAGUUCUCAAGUUAUGAACCUGAGCUAUUUCCAGGGCUCAUCUACCGUAUGGUCAAACCCAGGAUCGUGCUUCUCAUCUUUGUCUCUGGCAAAGUCGUACUAACAGGAGCCAAAGUUCGCCAAGAGAUCUAUGAAGCAUUUGAUAAUAUUUAUCCGAUAUUGAAGACAUUCAGGAAAACAUAGCAGUUGAUAAUUUUCCAAAUUCUCUAUAUGCCCAACUCUCGCCUGGGACUAAUCUACUACUGUAUUUCCGGCUGCGAUGAAGGCCUAGUAUUUUUGUACAUUUUUGCAAUGUGAAGUAAUACUAAUAUGAAGGCAAAUCCUCUGUCUGUACCAUAAGUAUUUGAUAUGCUUUGUAAUAUAUUCCCCUUGCUACAUAUAAGGUUCAAGUAAUAACUUCAGACUUAGAUUAUUAUUAUUGACGUCACUGUAUAUUUUGUAGUAUUCUUUUCCCAAAGCAAUAAAGUUUAGACAAAUCCAUCCUUCCCUCCA